CACACACCCUGCCCUGGGGCCCUUCUUAGGCUGCCCCCAUGGAGUUUCCCCUGGCCCAGAUAUGCCCUCAAGGGAGUCAUGAACCCCUCUCCCCAACCUCCGGCACCUUCCAGCCCAUGGAUUUGACCUGCAGAAGCUUCCAGGGCCUGAGCUCACCCCCUGAGCCCAGAGGGCACACCUGGAAGGCCGAAGAGGCUCCGCGCAGCCUCAGGGCCCCCACUGCUCACACUGAGGCAUCUGCCCAGACCACAGCAGCUGCCUCCAUCCUGGGAGAUGCUGGGAGGCCUGAAAAGGUAUCUGGGGAAGAAAGCAGCCCUUCCCUGCAGGCGGAGACCCGAGCUUGGUUCCAGAAGACCCAGGCCCCCCAGCUCCUGCAGCAAGGGGCAGCCCCAGCCUGGUUCCAUGGCUUCAUCACUCGGAGGGAGGCAGAGAGGCUGCUGGAGUCCCAGCCUCAGGGAUGCUACUUGGUGCGGUUUAGCGAGAGCGCUGUGACCUUCGUGCUGACCUACAGGAGCCAGACUUGUUGCCGCCACUUUCUGCUGGCCCAGCUGCGGGACGGGCGCCACGUGGUGCUGGGCGAGGACAGUGCCCACGCGCGGCUGCAGGACCUGCUGAGCCAUUACACCACGCGCCCGCUCAUCCCCUAUGGGGAGACGCUUACCCAGCCCCUCGCCCGCCAGACUCCUGACCCGGCUGGGCUUUCCCUAAGGAGUGAAGAACCAAAUUCUGGAUGCAAAAGCCAGGACCCAAUCCCCCAGCACAACCCAUUCAUCAAACAGGAGCAGGACUCAGCCCUAGUGCACAAAGAGGGCAGCCUGGAGCCUAAGGAGGUGCCUUUCCAGCCACCCAGGCCUAAGCCUCCCAUCCCUGCCAAACCUCAGCCACCCCACAAAGUCUAUGCAAGCCCCAAGCGGCGACCCUGCCCAGCCCUACCCCCUAAGCCCACCAACCCUAUCUACCAUGAGCCUGAUGAACCGAUAGCUUUCUAUGCCAUGGGGUGGGGCAGCCCCGGAGAAGCCCCCAGCAACAUCUAUGCCGAGGUGGAAGGACCACCAGAGACUGUGUCCAUCAAGCAUCCUGUUCUCCGGAAGUGCCAGUCCAGGCCCGUCCCAGGACACCAGGUAAAACAGGGUUUUAGGAAAAGCCCCAAGUUCUCCCCAAACCUCUUCAAACUGCUGGUGGCCUUGGGACACCUGUUACCAGGACUGGUGAACAUUAAUUCUCUUCUGUUCCCUGCAGCAGUGGGUACAGGCAUCUGA